UAUUCACUUUGGUGGUGUUGAAUAAAAAUGUGUUCCAGAAUUCUCGUCGGCCUACUGGCACUCGCUAUGCUUGCGGCUCAAGCACCUUCAACAGAUGGCGCCAGAAUACUUGCAGUCUACGCAGCUGAGACCGUAAGUCACUACCAGAUGCAUCGAACUCUGAUUAGCGAGUUAGUGAAACAUGGACAUGAGGUCACCAUGAUAACCGCAAUCACGCUUGAACCACUCAAAUUGGGCAGCAACUAUACAGAGAUACUCAUUGAACCAGCGUUUGAUUCAUGGAAGUUCGUUAAGGAAAUUAUCGGGAAAAAACCGAACCUAGAAAUGGAAAAUAGUUUAUCGACUUAUUUUGAAAUCGUAAAGUAUGUGGCUGUGCUGGGUAACGAACACACGUUAAAGCAGCCAAAAGUGCAGGCUCUUAUAAAUGCCAAAAGAACAGAAGGCGUUUACGAUCUGCUACUGGUAGAGCAGUUACAUCAAGAAGCCUUUCUCGCCUUUGCCCACGUCUAUAAAAUACCCGUUGUUAGUUCAGCCACAUUUGCGCAACAAAACUAUAUGAGUCAAAUGUUCGGCUAUGUGACACCUUGGUCGUAUGUGCCUAUGGAAUAUCUAGCAUUUUCUGAUCGCAUCAGCUUUUGGGAACGCGCCCUAAAUAGCUUUUGCUCACUUCGCCUUGAUUUAUUCCGUGAAUUUGAGUAUUUUCCGAAAAUGGAUGCGCUUGUGCAGAAAUACUUUGGGCAUAUGCCAAUUGAAUUCCCCAGUGUUUCGGCAAUGGAGAAGAAUCACUCUGCUAUAUUAAUCAACAAUUACACACCAUUAGCCUUCGCUGAACCUAAAAUGGACAACAUGAUUUUUGUCGGCGGCUUGCACAUCAAUCCACCAAAGCCACUACCCACCGAUUUGCAGAAAUUCUUAGAUGACGCAGAACAUGGGGUUAUUUACUUCAUCUUUGGUACACAAGUUAAGUCCAAGGACAUGCCACCAGAAAAGCUGGACGUAUUUCUCAAGGUCUUCCGCCAGUUGGAGCAGCGUAUUUUAUGGAAAUUCGAAAACAGCAGCAUACCAAAUUUACUAGCUAAUGUUAUGAUUAAGGACUGGUUGCCGCAGAAUGAUAUCUUAGCACACGCUAACAUGCGCGUGUUUAUCUCCCAUGGAGGGCUCUUUGGGUUACAAGAAGCUGUCUUUCAUGGUGUACCGGUAGUGGGCAUGCCUUUCAUGUUCGAUCAGCGAUUAAAUCUGAAGAAAGCCGAGACUGCUGGAUUUGCCGUUACUUUGGAUUACCAUACGCUCACUCAUGAUGAUUUCAGGAGCGGUCUGAAUGAGGUGCUCUUCAAUCCCAAAUACCGGGAUAAUGCUAAACGGUUCUCGCGCAUUUUCCGCGAUCGUCCCAUAGGUCCGCGCGAGACUUUAAUCUAUUGGAUCGACUAUGUGAUACGCCACAAUGGAGCGCGUCAUUUGCGCGCUGCUGGCAUGGAUUUGAAGUGGUACCAAUUCUAUUUACUGGAUGUUGCUGCCCUAGUUCUGGUCGCGCUUUUGUUAGCAUUCGCAGUUUCUGUUUUUACAAUACGAUGGAUCUUGCGAAAGAUAAGGGGUGGCAAGGGUAAACAAAAGGUGCAGUAA